UGACUAUUACUAGCGACGCCGUCGUAUUAAAGUUCGAACUUCGAACGAAGAAGUUCGUUGACGUUGAACAGUUGAGCUACGCGGCGAUCAUGGUAGUUGGUGGCAGAUAAUGGAGGUGGAGGUACCAGAGUGUCCGGUGUGCCUGCAAUCAUACGACGGAGAGUACGCAAUCCCACGCGUACUCUCUUGCGGCCACACGGCCUGUGAGUCGUGCCUCACGCACCUCCCUCAGAAGUACCCAAACACCGUUCGCUGCCCGGCGUGUACGCAACUCGUGAAGUACCCACCACAGGGCCCCUCCGGUCUUCCCAAAAACAUCGACCUCCUCCGCCUCCAACCAAACUCCCCAAAACCCCACAAACAAUCCCGAAAUGACCCCCUUGUCCCUGAAGAGCAACUUGGAUACGAAUUCCUUCCUCAUUUGUGGUCUGAUGAAUUCUACACUUGCUGGAAGAACAGGAUUCUUCCAAAAGAAUCGGUUUUGAGGAAAUCUGGAGCAGAAGAAGAGCCUUUUUCUGGGAGUUUUACAGAGGAUGAAAGUAAAUCGGUGAGUCUUGUUCGGGUAUGUGCUCUAUCGCGUGAGAGUGAUGAUUCUGUGUUUAAGUUUAGCUAUGGUGCGAGGGUCAUGAGAUGUUUGAAUGAUAUGAGAGAGGAGGUAAGAGAUGAACUGUUGUUGCUCUUGGGAGCUUGUUUGAAAUGUCGCCGAAUUUGCAGAAUCCAUGGCUUGUGGGGAGACUUGGAAGAUGGUUCUUUGUAUAUAGUGUCUGAGAGGCUCCAAAAGUUGAAUAAUUUUGAAGACGGGUUGGUUGGUGAAAGUAAUGAUGGGUUGUGUGGUUUUGCAAUGAUAUGUAUGGAGAUAUGUGAAGGGGUGAUUGAAUUGAAUUUGAAAGGAGUGAUCCUGGGUUGUUUGGGUCUUUCUUGCUUUAAGUUUGAUGAGUUUGGACAUGUGUGUGUUGAUCUCAAUGAGGUUUUGGUAAUGGGAAGGGCGUGUAAUGGUAUUAUAGACGCUGUUUUAGAAGAGAAUAGUGUUGAUCGGCGCCGGCAGCAUAUGCUAGCAUUUUUAACUUCUCUUUCAAAAACUGAGGUGUUUUUGAGCCCAGAGAUUUUUUAUGAACUAACUGGUAUAAACCCUGAUUGUAUGCAACAUUCUGUCGGACGUGGCUCAGAUGUAUGGUCGUUAGCUUGCGUUUUUGUCAGACUUCUUAUUGGGAGAAAAUUCAGUGAAGAGCUCAUGGAUUAUGUCCAUCAUGGUAUUCCAGAAGGAAAUGAUGGGAAUGGUUUAAACUGUGUGGAUCAUUAUGAGCGUUGGGUGGCGAAAAUAAGGUCUCUGCUGGAAACUAAAUUUGGGACAGAUUCUGUUUCUUUACAGAAAAUUCUUUGUCAAUGUCUGAAUUUUGAUCCAGCCAGUCGUCCUCUAGUAACUGAUUUGUGGAAGUGCAUCAGCGAGCUGAUUAUUAGACCUCAGUUUGGUUCUAUGUCCAGAUUACAAGGGAUAGUUUUCGACAAGGCAAAGAAGGGUCAUUGUUUGGUUCUUGCCGAUCUUUGUACGUUAACAUUGCCCAAGGAAAACGUAGGACGAAAUGAUAAAGAUGAGUUGCUGGGGGCAAAAGAUUGUGAUGGAGCUGACUUUGAUCAUUCUGGACCAAUAAGGGCUGACAAAGAAAUAGUUGAAGGCAUCUCUGAGGGAAAUGUCAAAUUCAAAAGUAUACAAGGACACAUGGAUUGUAUUACAGGAUUAGCUGUUGGAGGGGGAUUUCUUUUUAGUUCUUCAUAUGAUAAAUCAAUCCAAGUAUGGUCUUUGCAGGAUUUCUCUCAUGUACAUACAUUUAAAGGUCAUGAGCACAAAGUCAUGGCUUUAGUUUAUGUGGAUGAAGAGAAACCAUUGUGUAUAAGUGGUGAUAGUGGUGGUGGUGUAUUCUUGUGGAAGAUUAGUAUACCUCUGGGGCAAGAACCAUCAAAGAAAUGGUACGAAGAAAAAGAUUGGCGUUAUAGUGGCAUUAACUGCUUGACGACUGCAGGGAAUGGAUAUCUCUACACUGGCAGUGGAGAUAAGUCAAUAAAAGCAUGGUCUUUGAAGGAUUCCACUUUGUCGUGUACAAUGACUGGCCAUAAAUCAGCAGUUUCCACCCUUGCUGCUUGUGAUGGAGUUCUUUAUAGCGGGAGUUGGGAUGGAAUGAUUCGGUUGUGGAGUCUGACUGAUCAUAGUCUUUUGACAGUGUUAGGAGAAGACACGCCUGGAAAGUUGAACUCAGUCUUGUCCAUUACUUCUGACAAUCAUAUGCUUAUUGCUACUUUUGAUAAUGGAUCAAUCAAGAUUUGGAGGAAUGAUGUUUUCUUGAAGUCCACACAAGUCCACGAUGGGGCCAUCUUCGCCAUCAGCAUGGAGGGGAAAUGGCUGUUUACAGGGGGCUGGGACAAAAAUGUCAAUGUUCAGGAAUUGUCAGGGAAUGAGUUUCAAGUCAAUUCUAUACCAGUUGGAUCAAUCCCUUGUGGUUCCGUUAUUACAAGUUUGCUGUACUGGCGAGGAAGGCUUUUUGUUGGAUGCGCUGAUAGAACUAUCAAGGAGAAUAUUGGUCGUGUGAGUAAGAAAUUGAGUGAUUUUACGAGCUUGAACUAUUGGGUACUGAGGGAUUAUUAUCGUCUUGUGGAUGCUGUUAAUGCCAUUGAGCCGCAGAUUCAGAGGCUUUCUGAUGAGCAGUUGACUGCCAAAACCCUGGAGUUCAAAGAGAGGUUGAGACAAAGGGAGACGCUAGCAGAUAUUCAAGCUGAGGCAUUUGCUGUUGUUCGUCAAGCCGCAAGAAGGAAGCUUGGAAUGCGCCAUUUUGAUGUGCAGAUCAUUGGUGGAGCGGUGCUUCAUGAUGGAUCCAUUGGUGAGAUGAAAACAGGCGAGGGAAAAACAUUGGUUUCAACAUUAGCUGCAUAUCUUAAUGCACUAACUGGUGAAGGUGUUCAUGUGGUCACAGUGAAUGACUACUUGGCUCAACGUGAUGCUGAGUGGAUGGGUUGUGUUCAUCGUUUCUUAGGUCUCUCUGUGGGCCUUAUUCAGAGAGGCAUGACAGCUGAAGAAAGGAGAUCAAAUUAUAGAUGUGAUAUAACAUACACCAAUAAUUCUGAGCUUGGUUUUGAUUACCUGCGAGAUAAUCUUGCUAACAAUGGAGAACAACUUGUGAUGAGAUGGCCGAAGCCAUUUCAUUUUGCUAUAGUUGAUGAGGUUGAUUCAGUUCUCAUUGAUGAAGGAAGAAAUCCAUUGUUAAUAAGCGGUGAGGCCAAUCAAGAUGCUGCAAGAUAUCCAGUUGCGGCUAAAGUUGCCGAGCUGCUUAUUCGAGGCAUUCACUACAAUGUGGAGCUGAAAGAUAAUUCGGUGGAGUUGACUGAGGAAGGAAUAGCACUAGCUGAAAUGGCUCUUGAAACAAAUGAUUUAUGGGAUGAAAAUGAUCCUUGGGCAAGAUUUGUGAUGAAUGCUUUGAAAGCUAAAGAGUUUUAUCGACAAGAUGUCCAAUACAUUGUUAGGAAUGGAAAGGCUCUCAUAAUCAAUGAGUUAACUGGUAGGGUUGAAGAGAAAAGGAGAUGGUCUGAUGGAAUUCACCAGGCUGUAGAGGCUAAAGAAGGCCUGAAAAUUCAGGCUGAUUCAGUUGUUGUAGCACAAAUUACAUACCAAUCACUCUUUAAGCUCUACCCAAAGCUGUCAGGAAUGACUGGAACUGCAAAAACAGAAGAAAAGGAGUUCUUGAAAAUGUUUCAAACGCCAGUGAUUGAAAUGCCCACAAAUCUGCCAAAUAUUCGUAAAGAUUUGCCAACACAAGCUUUUGCUACUGCUCGAGGGAAAUGGGAAUAUGUUGGUCAAGAAGUCGAAUACAUGUUUAGGCAGGGCCGUCCUGUUUUAGUUGGGACCACCAGUGUUGAGAAUUCUGAAUAUCUGUCAGAUCUACUGAAGCAACAGGGAAUCCCACACAAUGUCCUGAAUGCACGACCGAAGUAUGCUGCAAGAGAAGCAGAAGUUGUUGCCCAGGCAGGUCGAAAAUACGCCAUUACAAUUUCCACAAAUAUGGCAGGCAGAGGCACUGAUAUAAUUCUCGGAGGAAAUCCACAAAUGCUGGCAAAACAAAUCAUGGAGGACAGUUUGCUUUCAUUUCUAACACAGGAAGCUCCUAAUGAUGAAGCUGGCAGCUCGAUCAUUUCACAAAAGGUUUUGUCAAAGUUAAAGAUUGGAUCAACAUCAUUGUCUUUGCUGGCUAAGACAGCUCUUAUGGCCAAAUAUGUUGGGAAAAGUGAGGGUAAGAGUUGGACCUAUCAGGAGGCAAAGUCAAUGAUAUCAGAGUCUGUGGAAAUGAGUCGAUCAAUGGAUUUGAAAGGGCUACAGAAGCUUGUUGAAGAAGAGGCUGAGAUGUACCCUCUUGGUCCUUCUAUAGCACUUGCUUAUUUGUCAGUCCUGAAGGAUUGUGAAGUACACUGCAUCAAUGAAGGAUCUGAAGUGAAAAGGCUUGGGGGCCUUCACGUGAUUGGGACAUCUUUGCAUGAGUCCCGCAGAAUUGAUAAUCAGCUUCGUGGCAGAGCAGGAAGGCAAGGGGAUCCGGGAUCUACGCGGUUUAUGGUUAGUUUGCAGGAUGAGAUGUUUCAGAAAUUCAAUUUUGAUACAGAAUGGGCUGUGAAACUUAUCUCAAAAAUUACAAAUGAUGAAGAUAUACCAAUUGAAGGUGGCGCAAUUGUAAAACAGCUUCUAGCCCUUCAAAUCAAUGCAGAGAAAUACUUCUUUGGCAUAAGAAAGAGCCUGGUUGAGUUUGACGAAGUAUUGGAGGUACAAAGGAAGCAUGUCUAUGACCUUAGGCAAUUGAUUUUAACGGGCGAUGACGAAAGUUGUUCCCAACACCUAUUCCAGUACAUGCAAGCAGUGGUGGAUGAAAUUGUCCUGGGCAAUGUUGAUCCUCUAAAGCAUCCAAGAAGUUGGAGUCUGGGUAAGCUCUGGAAUGACUUCAUCUCAGUUACAGGGAAAAUAUUAAAUGACGAGUUUCCAGCAAUUGAUGAGGAGCUCUUAUUGAAAUCUCUAUCCCAGCUGCAAGAAUCAAGCUUUAUAGAUAUUGACAACUUCAACCUUCCAAACUUGCCAAAGCCUCCAAAUGCCUUUAGGGGGAUCCGAAGGAAGAGUUCUUCGCUAAGACGGUGGCUAGAUAUCUGUUCUGAUGAUUUGACUAGGAAUGGUAGGUACCGAGCAAGCACUAAUAUUCUGCGCAAAUACCUCGGUGAUGUUCUAAUUGGUUCAUAUUUGGAUGUUGUACAAGAAUCUAGUUACGAUGAUGCCUAUGUGAAGGAAAUAGAGAGAGCAGUCCUUGUGAAGACUCUUGACUGUUUCUGGAGGGAUCAUCUUGUAAACAUGAAUAGGCUCAGUUCAGCGGUGAAUGUAAGAAGUUUUGGCCAUAGGAAUCCUCUUGAAGAAUAUAAAAUUGAUGGAUGUCGAUUUUUCAUUUCAAUGCUUAGUGCAACUAGAAGAUUAACGGUAGAAUCACUCUUGAGUUACUGGGCAUCACCUAUGGAGUCCCAAGAAAUUUUUGCAUCAUAAAAGCAAGUGGUUGCUGUGAAGAGUUUAGUACCAUUUCUCAUCUGAUGACUGAUGGUUCUUUCUCGUGAUAAUAACAGGAGUUAGCUCUAAGUAUGCAGAAUUUAUUUAGUGAACUCAAAAAGGAAUUCCUCAACAGAAUUUGGGUAGAUUAAGGUACCUUUGCCGGCUGUACUAAAGAGCGUGAGGUUCUUGAAUUUUCACAUGUUCAAGGAUACGGGUUUGGGUAUUAGGAGGAGUUGUCGUAAAGGGUUCAAUUAUCAUUUUGCUUGUUGUGCCAUUAUAUUUGCUAAAUGUAGAUAUCAAAAUCAGACCUUCCAUUAUUUAUUCCAUUUGUCUUGUUUGUAACAGCUGCUGUUGUAAUAUCAUUCCAUUGUUUUGUAUUGAGGAGAUUUCACAGCUCAGGUUUUAUUCUUAUACAUCGUUCAUAUUUGGAACUCUUGUAAAACUUAUUGGUAAGUUUAUAGUUUAUGUAUGGUUCCUUUGCAGUUCGGAAUAGGUAAAA